AUGGCCAAGUGGCUGCGCGACUAUCUGACCUUCGGUGGUCGGAGGCCCCCUCCGCAGCCACCCACCCCGGACUACUCCGAGAGCGACAUCCUCAGAGCUUACCGCGAGCAGAAGAAUCUGGACUUUGAGGACCCCUAUGAGGACGCGGACAGCCGCCUGGAGCCUGACCCUGCGUGCCCCGGCGACGCCAAGGGCGCUGGAGAUGCCAAGUAUGACUCUCCUAAACAUCGACUCAUCAAGGUGGAGGCAGCUGACAUGGCCAGAGCCAAGGUCUUGCUGGGCAGUCCAGGGGAAGAGCUGGGAGUGGAUGCUGAGUACUCGGACCCCUUUGAUGCUCAGCCACAUGCACCACCCGCCGAUGACAGCUACAUGGAGCCCUACGAUGCCCAACGGGUCGUGAGUGAACCACCAUGCAAGGGCGUGCAGCUGUAUGACACUCCCUAUGAGGAGCAGGACCAGGAGCCAGGGGCGGACGCUCCUUCGGGGCGGAGGCCGCGACAGAGUCGGCUGCCCCAGGAGGAUGAACGCCCGGCAGAUGAAUAUGACCAGCCCUGGGAGUGGAAGAAAGAUCACAUCUCCAAGGCAUUUGCAGUGCAGUUCGACAGUCCCGAGUGGGAAAGGACGGCUGGCCCAGCCAGGGAGCUCCGGAGACCCCCGCCCCGGAGCCCCCAGCCCGCAGAGCGCGUAGACCCAGCGCUGCCCCUGGAGAAACAGCCGUGGUUUCACGGACCCCUGAAUCGGGCGGAUGCGGAGAACCUCCUGUCGCUCUGCAAGGAAGGCAGCUACCUGGUGAGGCUCAGCGAGACCAGCCCCCAGGACUGUUCCCUAUCCCUCAGGAGCAGCCAGGGAUUUCUGCAUCUGAAGUUCACCCGGACUCGAGAAAACCAGUUGGUGCUAGGCCAGCACAGCGGCCCCUUCGCCAGUGUGCCCGAGCUGGUCCUCCACUACAGCUCACGCCCGCUGCCGGUGCAGGGCGCUGAGCACCUGGCCCUGCUGUACCCAGUGACCUCGCAGACGCCCUGAGCGGGAGACUGCUUCCUGCCCUGUGUCCUGGCCCCCAGUGAACCCUGGAGGUCUUUCCAGUCCUGGGAGAGGCUGGGGGGAAAGUCUUGUGCCCUCCGGGGUCCAGGCCUUCAUCGGGGCCGCCUUCUCCCGCUCCCUCUGUGGUCCCCAAUCAUGUCUCAAAGCCCUCUCUGGCCAGGAAAAUAAAUAACUU